GUCGCCGACGACGCCACGCGGGAGUAUGCGGUCGAGCAGGCCGGCGCCGCGUACGCGAAGGCCCUACAGGAGGCCCAGAAGCACUUGCUUGCUGCGCACCCCGUUCGCCUCGGCCUGCAGCUCAACUUCUCGGUCUUCCAGCACGAGGUCCUCCAGGACAAGCCGGCGGCCAUCGCCACCGCCAGCGCAGCCUACGAGGCCGCCAUAGUCGAUGUCGACCACCUCCCAGAG